CCUUCGUAUUGCUUGCAUUCUUUUCCGGUACUAAAGUGGAGAGAUAUAUACAACUUUUCUAGGUGAUUCUAGUUGUAACCUCCAUACUUCGAUACAGAAUGCCACGAGAAAUUAAAGAAAUUAAGGACUUCCUCUUGAAAGCCAGGAGAAAAGAUGCCAAAUCCGUAAAAAUCAAGCAGAAUGCUGAGAAUGUUAAGUUCAAAGUUAGGUGUUCAAGAUUUUUGUAUACUCUUGUAAUUACCGACAUAGAAAAGGCAGAAAAAUUGAAACAAUCUUUACCCCCAGGUCUUCAAGUAAAAGAAGUAAAGAGGAGCGAACGUAUGUAGUUAAUGAAAUAAAAUAAUUUUUUAAUGAUA